ACUAAAACUUAGAUCCCACAACCUACAGAAAUGAUGAAGGGUUAUUUUAUUGGAGGGUUUUUACUUAUAAACUUGUUCCAGAACGUAUUUGCAGUCCGAAGUCCACACAGAGAGGUUUGCCUUCUCCAAGUGGAUGAGGGACCGUGUUUCGAAGAUGUGCAGCGUUUCUACUACAACACCAUCACCCAGCGCUGUGAGAGGUUUAGCUAUGGAGGCUGCGAAGGAAACCAAAACAACUUCAAGUUCUAUGAGGAGUGUCACAAAACCUGCUACUCUGUACCAAAAAUUCCCAGGAUCUGUCGUUUUCCAAAAGAAGUGGGGAUUUGUAAAGCCCUUUUAAGACGCUACUUUUUCAACAUGUCUACCAUGCAGUGUGAGCAGUUUUUCUAUGGAGGCUGCAUGGGAAAUGAAAACAAUUUCCUAGAUAAGAAAUCAUGUGUGGAUUACUGCAGUCCCUCGAAAUCUGUUCCUGUGAUCUGCAAUGAUGUUCGGGAUAAAGGAAAAUGCUCCGCGUCUAUCCCAAGAUAUUUUUACAACUCGGCUACAAAAAUGUGUGAAGAAUUCGUUUACACAGGAUGUGGAGGGAACGCUAACAAUUUUAUCUCCAAACAAAGCUGCUUGAAUGUUUGUGCUAAAAAGGGCAAACCAUGGAAACCCAAGAUAAGAACAUCUACAAAAACAUUUCAAAUGAGAAUUUAAUGUGUUAUAAUGUGCAGUAUGUUUCUCAAUAAGAUUUGUAUUCAAAAUAGUGCCAUUAUACAAGUCUGAAAAUCUUUCAGCACACCAACUGAACACACGUGCUGUGCUUAUGUACGUCUCUUUAACUUUCUUUAAGUUUUUAUAGUAGUAUAUAUACAGCACAGUGGAACAGCAGGUAGUGUGGGUUUUACAUCCUGGGUAAAUGGGUUAGAUUCUUGCCUCUGGUCACUGUUUGAGAGAAGUUUAACAUGUUCCUCCCAUGUCCAUGUUGGUUGAGUAAAUGGGUGAGUGUGUGAUGGAGGCUGAUUGGUAUGAAAUGAUUACUGUGAAUGAAUGAACAUUACAUUUAUAAAUUUAUAUUAUUAUAAAGAAUAUUGCUCUUUAGUGAAGUUGAUAUUUUUUCUUACUUAUGUAGUGUGAUAUCCAUAUAAGUGGCCUUCUGUUAUGCCAUCAUUUAAACCCCUCUGUAAAUAUUUAUAUUUAUAUUUACAGAGAGACCUCUCUGUAAAUGUAUCAUAAGAUGUUGGACUGUUUCUAUGCUGUUUUAAAUAAUGUUCCAUUCAAUUUUCUGGCAACCCGAUCUUGGGCAAAAAUGGUUUGAAUCAUAAACUGAUUGGAUUAUGUUAAUUUUCAUAUGAAUAAAUUAAAAAAGAUA